CCGGACACCCCGGGCUACCUGCUCUUCUCCGGCCUCCAUGAGCAGAGCCCCAGUCACACGUCUCCCAACGGGCAUAUGGACAACGGGCAGAUGCACCUGGGGCUGCGGGGAGACCUCUUCGGGCGACCGGAUCCUUACCGGGCCGUCUCCAGCCCCCGCACGGACCCUUACGCCGGCGCCCAGUUUCACAACUACAAUCAUAUGAACAUGAAUAUGGGCAUGAACGUGGCAGCCCAUCACCACCACCAUCACCACCACGGCCCCGGGGCUUUCUUUCGGUACAUGCGCCAGCCAAUCAAGCAAGAAUUGUCAUGUAAGUGGCUCGACGAGAGCCAACUCAGCCGGCCCAAGAAGAGCUGCGACAGGACUUUCAGCACCAUGCACGAACUGGUGACCCAUGUCACCAUGGAGCACGUCGGGGGACCGGAGCAGAAUAACCACAUCUGCUACUGGGACGAGUGUCCGCGGGAGGGCAAGUCCUUCAAAGCGAAAUACAAACUGGUGAACCACAUUCGGGUGCACACGGGGGAGAAACCCUUCCCCUGCCCCUUCCCCGGCUGCGGCAAGAUCUUUGCCCGCUCUGAGAACCUCAAGAUUCACAAGCGGACACACACAGGUGAGAAGCCCUUCAAGUGCGAGUUUGAGGGCUGCGACAGGCGCUUUGCCAACAGCAGCGACAGGAAGAAACACAUGCACGUCCACACCUCGGACAAGCCCUACAUCUGCAAGGUGUGCGACAAAUCCUACACCCACCCCAGCUCACUUAGGAAACACAUGAAGGUGCACGAAUCCCAAGGGUCGGACUCUUCCCCUGCAGCCAGUUCGGGGUAUGAGUCCUCUACCCCCCCUGCGGUGGGCUCCACUGGCAGUAAGGACUCCACUAAAAUGCCGCCGGCCGCCCUUCAGAGUAACCCCGGCCACAACCCUGGACUGCCCCCCAAUUUUAAUGAGUGGUAUGUGUGAAGGCAGCUGCUGCCCAGCCAGAGACUGGACCAAAUGCGUUGGGAACAAGGAAAAAAAAAUAAAAACGACAAACCAAGCCAACUGCAGCUCGCUCCCAUGGAAAUGGAGUUUCCACACCGACGACUACAUAGGGCUACAACCUAGUUAACUGCCAGGAUCCGGGGGUGGUGUCUUUUAUUAUAAUAUAAUUAUUACUAUUUUUUUGCAAGCCCAGAUGCUGGACUAGCCAUGUCCUUUUCUCAGGAUUGGAUUU